AUGGCAGCUUCAACGCAUCACAGAUACGGCUUGGAUACAAACGUGGAUUAUAAAGGCGUGUAUGAAAAUGGGUUAAAGGAGAGAGAUGAGCUCAAUAGCAUUUUCAUUCCGCUUAUUGACUUUUCAAUUCUGAUUGAUGUUUUAAUGAUGGUUGUUGUUCCUCUGGCAUUUGUCGUCCUUGAAAUGGUACUGUUAGCCCUGGAGCAGCUGAUCCAUCUAUCACCUCUAGUCCCUGAUCCCAGUCGCAGCUUCAAUGUCACAUUUGUGGCUUGCGCAUUAAUCUCAAGCAGUUGCUGA